AUGGAACUUGCUUCUGAGGAUAUCGCAGCAUUGGACUGUUCAUCAGCUCAUGUUUUUAUAUGGGAUCACUUUGUGUUUCAUUGGCUUACCAAUAAUUUUUAUCAUUUAUUCUAUUGGCAAGCUUAUUCUGUCCUUUUCACAGCGAAACACAAUGAGAAGUUCAGUGGGAAGUUUUGUCUCAGAGUAAUAAGGAUCGCAUUAACCGCUGUUGAUGCUCGGUAA